CGAAUCGUGAGCGUUUAUUGUUCUCUGUUUUUGUCUGCUAACGGCGGAGUCGUCGGACGAGUCUCUCCGGCCCGUUGGCCCUCCGCAUCCGGCGGAAUCAGUCCCCACAAAACACCCACAAAUCAGCAAUCGCCGCCAUCUAUCCGUAAUCAUGGAUUGGUUACGGUUAUGGUCGCUCGCGAUUCUCACUCUUCUUUCCCCUCUCCCCCUCUCUCUCUCCUCCUUCACCUCCGGCCUGUUCGACGACUGGUGCAAACUCCACGGCAAGGCUUACUCCGACUCCCACGAACGCCUCCACAGGCUCAGAGUCUUCGAGGACAACUACGCCUUCGUCGCCCGCCACAACGCCCUCGCCAAUUCCUCCUACACGCUCUCGCUCAACGCCUUCGCCGAUCUCACCCUCCACGAGUUCAAGGCCUCCCGCUUGGGCCUCUCCGCCGCCCCAUCUCAAUUCCACUUCAGGCCGCCGCCGGAGGAUUCCGGCCCCGCUCUCCGCGUUCCUUCUUUGGUGGAUUGGAGGAAGACUGGCGCCGUCACGCCCGUCAAAGAUCAGGGCAGUUGCGGUGCUUGUUGGGCAUUUUCAGCCACAGGCGCAAUGGAAGGAAUCAACAAAAUUGUUACCGGAUCUCUCGUCAGCCUCUCGGAACAAGAGCUGGUCGACUGCGAUCGAUCUUACAACAGCGGCUGCAAUGGCGGCCUCAUGGACUAUGCGUAUGAAUUUGUUGUGAAAAAUCAUGGGAUUGACACCGAGGAAGAUUACCCCUUUCAAGGGGGGGACAGGUCAUGCAACAAGGAGAAGUUAAAGAGACACGUUGUGACCAUUGAUGGUUACACCGAUGUUCCCUCAAAUGACGAGGAACGCCUGCUGAAAGCCGUGGUGGCUCAGCCUGUAAGCGCCGGUGUAUGCGGCAGCGAAAGAACAUUUCAGUUAUACUCCAAGGGGAUUUUUACUGGGCCUUGCUCAACUUCUUUGGAUCAUGCUGUAUUGAUUGUAGGGUAUGGUUCAGAGAAUGGGGUUGAUUACUGGAUCAUAAAGAACUCUUGGGGAAGGCAUUGGGGCAUGAAUGGCUACAUGUACAUGCUUCGCAACAGUGGCAGCUCAGAAGGAGUCUGCGGGAUCAACAUGCUGGCUUCCUACCCGAUUAAGUCUGGCCCUAACCCCCCACCCCCUCCACCGCCCGGCCCUACGAAGUGCGAUAUUUUCACGAGCUGCCCGCAGGGGGAAACCUGUUGCUGCACAUGGCGACUCCUCGGCAUAUGCUUCUCCUGGAAGUGCUGCGAGCUGGAGUCAGCCGUGUGCUGCAGGGAUCACCGCACCUGUUGCCCGCACGAUUACCCCAUCUGUGACACUAGAAGGAAGCAGUGCCUCAAGAGGACCGAUAAUGUGACGAUGGUGAAAGGGGCUAGGAAGAAGGACUCUUUCAGCUGGCUGGAUGGAUGGGGCUCUCUUCUACAGGUUUUGAAUGUUUAGAUAGAUAGCUGCAAGCCGCGAUGCUUGGUUGGAUUCUGGCACACACAGAGGGGGCAAUUUCUUUUGUUGUUGUAGCUUGGAAAUACACUUCAUUUUUGUACACGCUGCGGAGUAAUUUAGGUUAAGCUUAUGCUAAGAACUAUAGCUGAUCUUCUGCUGUUAUUGAUUGAUUGCAUUGCAAGUUUUAUGUAGAAACCUGGUCUCUCCUCCACUGAUUCAUGAACCAGAUUUGUUCA